GGCUGCUCACAGUUGCCACAGAGCAAAAAUAAAUUCAGACAGAAAAAAUGGCGGACCUCAGGAAAGUCUGCCCUGAGUCUUUGCCUUGCCGUGUCAACUAUUCACGAAAACCGUCAUUUCAGGGGAAGCUUUUCAUUCUUCUUUGCAUACUUAUAGUGGACUCCGGAGGAGCUACAACCCAUUGGGUUGUCACGGAGGAUGGCAAAAUUCAACAACAAGUUCACUCACCUUUAAAUCUGAAGCAUCCACACGACGUUGUGAUCUUUAUGAGGCAGGAUGCUCGUGUUAACUACCUCAAGAAACUGGAGAAGCAGCUUGUGGCACAGAAGAUUCACAUCGAGGAGAAUGAGGACCGAGACACAGGGCUGGAACAGAGACACUACAAAGAGGACCCAGACUGUGUCAUGGCCAAGGUACCCCUUGGAGACCUGGACCUGUAUGAUGGCACGUAUAUCUCCUUGGAAAGCAAAGACAUCAGUCCUGAAGAGUAUGUGGAUUCUCGGUCAGCCACGCCCCCAGAUCUAGAAAAGCCUGACUGUGCAAAAGUGUUUGAACUACCAUAUAGCGUCCAUGCUUUCCAGCAUCUCAGGGGUGUGCAGGAGAGGGCAAACUUGACCUCUCCGCUGCUUUCUAAGGAGGAUCCCAUUUUUAGUUCUUUGUCCCAUAAGCUGGGCCGCAGUAUUGAUGAAGUGGGCCAUCGCAUCCAUCAGGGGUUACUGAGGAACUCAUCUUCCUGGGUGCUGUACAACAUGGCGUCAUUUUACUGGCGUAUGAAGAAUGAGCCUCAGAAGGCAGUGGACUGUGUGGUGCGUGCCCUGCAUUUCUCCCCAAGGCAGCAGAAGGAUGUAGCUCUGGUCAACAUGGCCAACAUCCUGCACCGUGCCCAUUUCUCAGCAGAUGCUGCUAUUCUUGCCCACGCUGCCCUGGACCUUACCUCGGAUCUGUUCACCAGUCACUACACCUUAGGCAAUAUUUAUGCCAUGCUUGGGGAAUACAACCACUCAGUGCUAUGUUACGAGCAGGCACUUCAGGCCCAGCCAGGCUUUGAGCAGGCCCUGAGGAGGAAGCAUGCUGUGCUCUGUCAGCAAAAGCUGGAGCAGCGCCUAGAAGCCCAGCACAGAUCCCUGCAGCGGACACUGAAUGAGCUGAAAGAGUACCAGAAGCAGCAUGAUCACUACCUUCAACAGCAGGAGACACUGGAUAAAUACAAGCUGCUACAGGAAGAGCAGAUCCUGCGCAACAUUAUCCAUGAGACCCAGAUGGCCAAGGAAGCACAGCUUGGAAACCAUCAGAUGUGUCGGCUGGGACAGCAGCAGCGCAGUCUCUACUGCCCCUUCGACCUGCCUGUGCGCUAUCACCGCGGAGAUCUUUUUGAACAUGUCCACUAUGUCCAAUUUGGGGAGGAGGUGUCAGUGGCAUCCAGUGUGGCACUUGUGUCAGAGCGCAAUUCAAACCAGACGGCCGCCAGCCCCGAGCUUCAUCCCACUGUGUCUGGAGACCAAGACCCUGCUGCUGCUCUCUGGGGCAGCCAUCAAGAUUUCACACAGGACAUACAGAGGAUGUUGUGGCCUCAGAGGAGCGACUGUGCCCAUGAGUACCCAAACGUUCCCCCUGCUCAGAAACUGCCAACCUACUAUCUUCCACCUGAAACACAGGGCCUCAGCCCAGUGGCAGUUCUCCUCUAUGGGAGCAGCAGUCCCCCUCAGACGAUUGCUCUGCCACAUUGUGGUCCUGUCCCCCAACCCUAUCCAGCCCUGCUGCCUGCUUCACUAGACUGGCCUCUUGAAGAAAAGGAGCUGCCAGAUCACUCCGCAUCCCAGAUAUUACAGUCACGCAGUGGAGGAUGGACACUAGAGCAGAUUGGGUCUAGAAUAGCUCAAGCUAUGAAACAAGCCACUUUACCUCGCUGGCAGGUCCAAAAUGAGGCAGCUCUAUUCUGGCGUGCCAAAGGCAAUGGCAGUCAUGCUCUGCAGUGUCUGCGCCAAGUGUUGAGCUCAGCCCCGCCUUCUCACCGCCACUUGUCCCUCACCAACGCUGCUAACCUGCUGCUACACCACGGCUUGACCACCCACGCACAAACACUGCUGGAGCAAGCGUUGGCUCUCAAUGCGACAGAGGCCCACACCCUGUUCAGCCUGGUGAGCGUGCACUUGGCCCAGGGCAAUGUGACAGGUGCUCUGGCCUUGUUCCGCCAUAUCCUGACGACGGCCCUUUCCUCCUCCUCUUCCUUCUCAUCCCUUGCUGGCUGUGAACAGUGUCGCACCAGCCUACCUCUGCUGCGGUGUCUGCAGUUCUACCCCUUCCUGUACAACCUUUCACAGCGACAACCUUGCUCAGAGGGAGCUGCUUGCAUGGUUGAGGAAGACCUUAGUAUACAGCUGGAGGAAUGGGAGAGCAGUGAAGAAAAGCAGGAUGCUCCAGCCAGUUCUGCCAUUGAGGACUCCUUACUGUUUGAGAAGGUCAUCUUGGACAGUAAUGGGUCAGGUGAGGCAGCCGGACAGCAGAGGGCUUCUCCCUCUUCCUCAGGAACGGCUAAACUGACCACCCCAUUUGUAGGUGGAGGGAUGGAAGGAGAGGAGGAGUGGCAGCUGAAGGAGGACCUGAUGGGUGCAUUUGAAGGAGCACUGGAUGUCGGAGGCAAACGAGGGGACCUACGAGGUAUCCGGGUGCUGAAGAAUGACCGUGUCAUGGGUGCUCGUGCUGGUGGUGGGCCCUGCUUUGGAAACUGUGAGGAUGACGAUGGAGCUGAGUGGAUCACCUUCCAGGUAAAACGGGUCAGAAAGGCUAAAGUGGAUGGGAUAGACAGUGUUGCAAGCUCUGAUGAAAGCCAGAAUGGGGAGUCGCUGCCUGGAGGACAUUCUGUCUUGGAGAUAAGUGGACCAACUAUUCCAUCACCUGGCCCUUCAGGUCGCUGGAGGGACUACACGAGUCUUGGCUGGCCAGGGCCAGAGGAGUGCCAGCGAACACGAAGGGUAGACCUCACCACUGUAGCUAGCACCUGGCUGGCUGUUUCUGCUAAGAACAUUGAUAUCACAGAGCACAUAGACUUUGCCACUCCACUUCAGGAGCCAGCUGCUGAACCUUUAUGCAACGCCAACUUGGCUGCCAGCAUGCACACGCUCGACCACCUGGCAGGAGUGGCCAAUCGUGCUGCCAUCCACUACACCGGAGAGAGUCAACUGCGUGAGGUCCUGCAGAACCUCGGCAAAGAUAAGUUCUCUCCUCAGUCCUUCGAGCAGGUGGGCACACGCAUUGCCAAAGUACUGGAGAAGAAUCAGACAUCAUGGGUGUUAUCCAGCAUGGCUGCACUGUACUGGAGGGUAAAAGGUCAAGGCAAGAGAGCCAUUGACUGCCUGCGACAGGCCCUCAACUACGCCCCUCAUCACAUGAAGGAUGUGCCCCUCAUCAGCCUGGCCAACAUCUUCCAGAAUGCUCGGCUUUGGGAGGACGCUCUUACGGUCGCCCGCAUGGCAGUAGAAAUUGCCCCACACUUUGUCGUGAACCACUUUACCCUAGCCAACGUCUAUAUAACAAUGGAGGAGUUUGAGAAAGCUAUGCACUGGUACGAGUCCACUUUGAAGCUGCAGCCAGAGUUCGCCCCUGCUAAAGAUCGACUGAGAACCAUUCAGUGUUACCUGCUCACCAAGAGGGACCGCCGUCAGCCCUAAACACUAAACCAUCCUGCUGGAUCCCAGGAGUACCACGCAGUCAUGCACACACCAGACAAAGAAUACUCGGACACUCAUCUAAUGCCAGAGAACCUGAAUGUGGUUAAAGAUGAAGAAUCAGAAAUCAAAUCCAGUAGAGUUCUUUUUCUCUUUGAGAUUGAACUUCCCACAGAAUGAGAUAAUAAAUAUCACAGAGUACAACUGUAGAUAAUUUGCCUAAUCUGUCAAAUGCAGGACCUCUCGUUAUCUAGCAGCCAUGAAGUUAUGAAACAGUUUUUUCUAGGUUUGCUUGACUUGCAAUAAUGGGAGGGAUAAAAUAGAGUAAGGCUGUUCAAGUUCCAUUUAAUUCCUCUGCAGUAUGCUGACUGAAUUCAAUCCAUGUUAAUUGGAAGAAUAGCUCUCAUUGUCAUUUUGAAGAUGUUAAGCAUUAUGGUAUGAGGAGGUGGCAUCUAGGAGGUUCUCAAGGAUAAUAACAGACUACGGCCUGGAGAUGGCGCCAUACCUUAAUGUAACUUCAUUGAAAAGUGGAAACAAAUGUGCCUCUCAACUCAGAGGCUAAAGGAGUUUGAAUUGAACAAUAUGUGCCCUCAUUAUUUCUGCUUUAUAAAAUAGAUGGGAAUCCUCAGCACUCUUCUCUCCGCACUUCUUUCUGUAUCAUUCCUAUUUAUAUGGGACCUACAAACUGAUUUUGCUCCAAGGUAAUUUAAAUGCAAAAGAGAGAAACUGAAUUAUGCUUUUACAUUUGCUUCUUAACUUGUGGAAAUCACAAGACAAAACAGAUUUGCUAUUGACCAUCUAUUAAAAUAAAAAAAAAACUCAAAAGUGGAAUCUGUAUUAAAUGUACAGUAUUAAAGGCAGUGUGUAGAUUUCA